CUUAAACAUCAGAAAUCACUGUAAAAAUGGCCUUUCUACUUCUCCUUCUGUUCCUCCAUGGAACUUAUGGUGAUUUAUCUUUAAUUGAAAACAAAGCUUCUGAUAAAAAUGGUUUGCUCUCCAGUAUAAUAUCCGGUAAGGCUUCGAAUAUCCUACGUGACAUUCUGAAUCAGGAAAGUCUGGCCCGCUUCUCUAUGGUACAAAAAAUACAGAAUUUAGUGAUGGAUGCCAUAGACAGAAAAAAAGAUGGACAAAUUAUAAAGACAAAGCUAAGUGAGGUGACAAAGGACUUACAGGAUUUGGAGACUAGAAACCAAAUAAUGGAGGAAGAAAACGUCAAACUUAAAGAGGAAUUAAAGGUCAUCCAUAAAACGGUGAAUGGCAAUAAAAACCAAACAAAAGAAGAAAUUCGGGACUUGAAGACUAGAAACCAGAUAAUGGAGGAAGAAAACGUCAAACUUAAAGAGGAAUUGAGGAUCGUCUACGGUACGAUGAACGCUGAUAGAAACUAUACAAAGGAAGACAUUCGAUCCUUCGACCAGAAAAUUAAAAGCAACACUUUAGCUUUCCAAGAUGAAAAUCGUAAGUUAGCUAUGAAAAAUUCAGAUUUCGAAAAGCAGGUUGAUCUGUUUGAAAAAAAAAAAUCGAAAGUGACUUGAUAAGAGAAAUACAGACAUUGAAGGUAAAGGAACAAAGUACAAUGGAGAAAAUAAACGUUCUCAACGAAUCGCAAAUUGUUUUUGCUAAAGCUCAUCUAGAAAAAAUAAAAGAACUUGAUGAUGAUAUAGGUAAUAAAAGUAUGGUUUUCAAAAGCAAUGAUCGUGCAUUGGCAAAAGAAGUUGAGGAUCUCAAAAACCAAAUGUAUGGAAUGAACGCAACAUUACAGAAAAGCGGUGUAAACAAAAUUGCCGAACGUGUUAAAAACAAUGAGGAAAAAAUUAAUAAUUUCUCAGUAUCUGUAAAAAAUGCUCUAGACAACGUCUGGAAGGAUCUGAAUGAAUCGAAUCGGAUCUUGUCAAAAGUGCUCUCUAUUGAUUGUGGUAGUUGCUGGGACAUUUUAAGGAAGAACCCGUAUUCAAAGGGAAGCGAUGGAGUAUACACAAUAAAAGUAAACUCUAUAGAAAAGUCUGUUUACUGUGACAUGAGAACAGAUGGAGGAGGGUGGACGGUGAGUAUGAGUCUCAGUAGUAAGGAAAUACAAAGAAGGCAGGACAAUUCUACAGAUUUUUACAGGACGUGGUCAAAAUAUAAACAAGGAUUUGGGGAUCCCUCUACAAACUACUGGAUUGGAGUCAGAUCCGGUGAUAUGGCAGGCCAGGACAUCACUCAGAUGCCGUUUGGUCAAUCCUAA